UGACACACUAGUAGUGGUAGUGACAGACAGACUAGUUGACAAACUUGAAAAUAGACUGCAAAAAUCUUUUCAAACAACCGCUCAACUUCGAUCACUUAUUUUAGAAAUUAUUUUCAUACAUUCAACAGUUACUUCUUCUGCAUUUCAUUAUAGUAAUUGUUUACUAGGUACUUAAAUUAACAUUAUCUUAUGAUUUUAUUAAAAUGUUUGAAUCGGAUGAUUUCGAUCAGGUUCUCUCUCAGUUUGACUUUCCCGAAGCAGUUGGCAAAAAUAAUCUCAACACGCAACUUCCAGAAAACAAAAGUUAUAGUCUGGUAACAGAGACGAAAGUAAACAAAAGUAAUGAAAAUACUACAGAAUUUGAGUUAAUGAAAUAUAAUAUAUCAAUUAGCUGUAAUAAUACUGUGCAAGUUUCAAAUAAAAACAAACCUGUUACUAUUAAUGGGGGUACCAAAGGUUCUACUGUUUCACCAAAACAUACAAAGAGAAAAAUAAUCAAUUCUCACUUUGAUCACAAAACAAAGAGGAAGUUCCCGGGGCCAGCGGGAUUGUUGACAGGGACACUUGAGGAGAAUAAAGAUGAAACCAUUGGCCAAAUGGAACUUUUAUCUCAGGAUAUAGAAUUUUCCCAAAAUGUUAUUCAGGACUUUUUUGAGUCACCUCUUUGGCUGCGUUUACUAGAGGAUGUUAAAGUGUGGAAUCUGUGUGAUAUUGACCCAGUGAAGAGUAUCAAAGAGCAGGCGUUAGCUGGUAAUCUUCAGAGGAGAAAGGCCCAGACAGUAGUGGCAUUUGUUGAGUCUGUGGAUAGAUCUGUCAUAGAUCCUUUGAUUACAUUGAGGGAUGCUACAGGACAUAUAAAAUGCACACUACACCGAGAUGCAUGGUCUACUUUCUCACCAUACAUAGUAUCAGAAUACUGUGCACUUGUGCUAUGGAAGCCUACAGUGUUGACCACAGGAAGUGCCUUCAAGAAACAUUACCUUAAUAUAACUUUGAGCAAUAUCUAUGCUAUAUACAGUUCUGCAGUGUUGAAGGAUGAAGAGAAGCAGUUACCUGCUGGAUACACUUGGGUUUACGAGGAAGAUUUCACUGUGAUAAAGACUGAGAGAACAAUGAUGGAUCUAGGUUCAAACAUUGUUGAUAUCAAUGGCAAGACUGGAGCUGAUGAUAACAAUCUGCUUGAUGAUUUAGAUAGCAUAUUUUCAGAUGACUUGUUUUAAGCCUACUGUUACAUUAAGGGUAACAUCAAAAUAAAACUAUAUUUUCAAUAACAA